UGCGGAUUCGGACUCAAUUUCAUUUCGCGUCGUGUACAGCUCUUUCACCCCCGACGUCCUCGGAACUAGCUCCUGCCCGGACAGACUGCGUGCUGCAUCUACCAGCAAUCAGAUCCUUACCCGCGAGGCCUGCAUCUCUCGCGAUGACUUCUCCAAGGAGCCAACGUCAGAUGCCAAGGCCUGUUCCUGCGCCCUCGAACCCCGUCCUCAUCGCGACCCAAGCUCAAUGGCUUUUCACCGAUGACGAGCUCACACGAACGCCGUCUCAGCUCGAUGGCAUGAAGAUGGAUGCGGAAAGUACCUCGCGCAGCAAGGGCGUGAACUUCAUCUCCCAGGUGGGCAUCAUGCUAAAGCUGCCGCAACUCACGCUUGCGACUGCGGCCGUGUACCUCCAUCGAUUUUUCAUGCGAUACAGCAUGGUCGAUCUACCCCACCGACCCGGAAUGCACCCCUACCCCAUCGCUGCAACGGCCCUGUUCUUGGCCACGAAGGUUGACGAAAACGUGCGAAGGAUGAAGGAGCUUGUGGUUGCCUGCUGCCGGGUCGCCCAGAAACAACCAAACCUGGUGGUCGACGAACAGUCGAAGGAAUUUUGGAAAUGGCGCGACACGAUUCUGGUUCACGAAGAUAUCUUGUUAGAGGCGCUCUGCUUUGAUUUGCAGCUGGAAGAGCCGUAUCGCAUCCUCUACGAAUUCCUGCAGUUCUUCAAGGUGGCGGAUAAUAAGCAUAUGCGCAAUGCGUCCUGGGCCUUCGUCAACGAUUCGAUGUUCACUGUCCUCUGCUUGCAAUUCACAGCCCGCAACAUUGCCGCUGCCGCUCUGUACGCCGCUGCCAAACAUUGCGAUGUCGGGUUUGAAGACGACGAACUCGGUCGGCCGUGGUGGGAGCAGAUCGAUGUGGACAUAGUCGAGGUGCGUCGUACGGUCACGAGAAUGGCGCAACUCUAUGAAAACAAUGCCUUGCAAAGAAAUACGAUACCGCGCGCGGGCGGGUCGGCAGAGGCUGCGCCAGGGGCAGACUCCGUCAACGGACGGAAGCGGUCCAGAGAGCCCGAAGAACAACCUCACGACCGCUCACUGCACGAAUCGACUACAUCCCGAGAUGACGAAUCCGUAAGCCAAAAGCGACAGCGGAGGGACUCGGAGGAUUUGGUGGCCGACAAAGGCCCUGCGCAUGGCUCCUCGGCUGCCCCUCGCUCAAAUGGAGCGCCAUCAUCACCUCAAGAUCGAUACCAUGGAAAUGGUCACGCCUCCGCGGGACAACUCCCGCCUCCUUCGCAUCACUCACAACCUCGCCAUCCGCACCCUCUACCUCCUGCACCUCGACCCUUUCCUCGCCGUGAUAGUGCUAGUCGCUCUAGUGGCGCCAAGCCGGGGCACUCGGUCGAUCCCAUCCAACAACGGAUCGACGAGAUUGUACAGCAGAACAUGUCUUCCCACGGGUCGCCUGGCCCUGCUCGUCGGCAAAUAGACCGUCACCGAAGCGACUGGGAUGCAGAAUCAGACGACCGCAGGCGACGUCCGUCUGCCGGUGACAGGAAGCCAUCGUUUGAAGAGCAGUCAAGCUACUCACACGUACCACCGCCCCCUCCCCCUCCACCUCCCCCGCCGCCUCCAGAAGAGGCCCGGCCACCGUCGCCGGAGCCAGCGAAGGCUGCCGAACCCGACGAGGAGGGCGGCGGAAGUGAGGAGGGCGAGCUCUAGCGAGCUUUAUUCUUCUUAUAUUUCUUACUCGCAUUCACGUGAAAGUGAUAGAUGUCCCCUAUGCAUUGGGAAAGAAAGCGGUGAGAGGGAUUUUGUACUAUACCUUUUGCUUAGACAUGAAGUAAUUAUUCCAGAGUAUUGCAGCCGUGCUGUAUCCACUUGGGUGAUUCAUGCAGGAUGCUUUGUAUACUCAAGGAAUGCAGAAUUCGGAACUAUCUUCUCAGGCUCCUUACCAAACGCUUG